GAGGACAUCACGGUCGCCCGUACUCGUGCACGCUGUCGUCACCCGCAACAGAUUCCGUGGGUUUCGUGUCUACGAACGCCGUAAUCAUCGAAGAUUCGUGGCUGGCGUCUGUCGGUAGAGACGCCGAUGGACAAACCGACGUAUUUAUAUUCCCGAGCGGAUGGAACCGUGUACACCCGCACACGACAGUAACAUCGGGCGCUCGUAGAGGCACACGCGGCGCGAGUCAGCGCGCAUCUCGUCGCAUCCGAUUCGCUGUCUCGCGAUACACGCCGCGAGUUAGUGUGUACAUCCCACAGGCGGCGUCAAGAAACCAGUGCCCCCCUUCUCCCGGUGUCCCUCUGGGUCCCGAGAUCUCGUCCGUGUUCGGUACCUGGCUGCCAGUCGAUUCUCGGUGGCCCGAACCGAGGCGCCGUGUGCCUCCUCCGCGAAAUACGAACGAUGCGAGUCUGAUCCGUGACAGAGCCGCAGGGAGCCGAAGGACAGUGUCAGGACACGUUCCGCGGUGGUGAGACGACGCGAGCACGCGAGACCGCCGCGGGUGCUUGACGGGAAUUUUCGCAGUGCGCGGUGGUGGGCUCGGUUUACGCGGACAGUGGGUGCAUUCCCGUGACGAGGAUCCGACGAAUACGGGGCUAGGACCAGCCCAGGUGCCGCGUGUACCGACGACGUUCGACGAUGCAUCCUGUACAGUGAUGGACAAACUCGCGUACGCAAACAACAGCUUCCAGCUACGCCUUGCCGGCAUACUCAUGGAUACGUGGAUACUCUUCUUGUUUGUCGCCAUUGCCGACGUGGCGGCCUCGGUGGAGGUUCACUUCGAGAACAAAGACGGUGGAUUCUUCCUGAAGCACACGCCGAGGCAAUUCUACCCUGCUCGAAGGGACGCGGUCCCGGCGAUAUCACCGUCGACGGGAACGUCGACGAGCGGGAGCAAUGGGGUUCCGUCGCCGCCGCCAGGCUCCAUCCUCUCGAUAGACAAAUUCACCGUCUUUCAGACGAGCGAGCCGGUCUCCGUUCGCGCGACGUACGGUCCAUUUAGUACGAAGCAGACCGUGCCGGCACGUUACAUAGUCCCAGAUCCUCUGGACGCCCUGCCGGGACCGGAAACUAGGCGAAAUCUGACGGCGGCAACGAUUCUCGACGCGCAGGAGCUCGGAGCGCGUCACCUGGACAUGUCCGCCCAUCUCGUUGGAAGCAGCGUGCCACGCGAUUCGCCGGUGCUAAGAGUGCUCUUUCACGCCGGAAGCGAGGCAGGAGGGAGACGUCAGUUGCUUCUGGCGAGGCAUCAGAGGGUCUGCGUGGUCCUGCACGCGAGUCUGGCGGUCCCUUCCAGGAGUACUGCGAGCAGGAACAACGGCAGGAGCUACUCCUCUUCAUCUUCCUCCUCCGUCUACUCCUCCUCGUCCUCGCCAUCCGUCCUGACGGCGGCCUGCAGCCCCGACGGAGAGAACGGGGUUUGCCUCGCUCAGAUCACCAUACCAGCCGAUUGGUGGGCACCGUUACCUCCACCUGACGCUUCCGGCCGGGUCAAGGUCGCCAAGAGCCUACCAAGGCUCGUUCAGGUCGCUUAUUCUGUUCUCGAGCCGCGAACCGAGGACUUGGGCGGCUCUGCUGACAACGGGGCUGGCUUCUGUAGGCCGAAAGUUCAAAUUCAGCCUGUCACGCCGCUCGGACAGGUGCCACUUGCUCCGAAUCGAGCCGAUUAUAAAGAGCUGAAGGCUGACGAUUCGCUGACGCUGUUGGUUCCACAUGGACCCCUGUAUCCGAGGUCCAAGCUGCACGUUCCAGUGUUCCUGCAUCCGUCCAACCCCUCCGAUUUAAGAAUGGACAGACCGCCUACGGUCAUCGCUGUCUACCUCAGGGCCAGAGUGAAGUCUGGCGUGAAAAUCUUGGAUGGCUCGUCCAGCGAUCCGGAUUGGAUCGUCGACAGCGAUAUCAACGCGAAGAACACUAUCGCGACGUUCACCGCGAGGAGGAAGGAGAACGUCCCACGAGUACCAAGCGCAUCGGCGGAGGAAAUUCUGACGAUGCUUUUGGAAGCCAGCGAGGAGGGGGUGGAGGGAAAUUGGGACGGUGGUCGGAUCGUAUGGAGCGUACGUUACGCUUACGAGGACGAGGAGGACAACGGCUCCCAGCUGAAUGGAAUGGAUCAGCUGCAGCAAAGAUUGCAGCAGAGGCAUGUGCAGCACCAUACCCAUCAUCACGCUGAGAGACGGAAGCUGCAGGCGCGUCUUGAGAUACAGAAGGACGAUAUCCAAGCUGUUCUGCCAAUUUCCAAGAACUGGGAGGUGAUGAACACCGCCGUGCUGACGGGCCGGCAAGUGUCCCAAGGGAUGAAGGUCUUCAUCGUGAGCCAGGGGGGAACCGUCGCCGACGUUACACUGCAAUCCUCCUGUCACUCCGAGGACGAGAGUGUGCUUAAGGUGUCAUCCUCCUGCAGCAGCGUGUACGUGGACGGGACGGAAAUCCGGGGCUCCAGCAACGCGUCGGUCCUCGUCAAGUACGGAACCUACACGGGGUUGGCCAAGUUCACGGUCUGGAUGCCCGAAUUCCCACUGGAGGUGACAGUAGGGGACACCCGAUUGAGCCAGAUCAAAGGCUGGAAAGUUCCGGAAGAGCACACCGCGGGAGCGAAGAGUAAACGUAGCCUGAACGCGACUAGUCCAAGAAUGAACGAGUCCGUGACGAAAACGAAGAAGAGGAGCGCGGCUGUACUGGAGGAUUCCGUGGAUGACAGUUCGAUAGACGUCGAGGACGCGGACGUGAUCCUCGAGGAAGACGAGCAGGAGGAGAGAUUCCGGGGCAACGAUCACGGAUGGGACGCCAUAAAUUCUAUCGAAAGGGGACCGUCCACCAACUGCAGGCUCCGGUUCCAACAGAGCCCGGUCGAGGUCCACGCGAGAUUCCUUGCUACCGAUCACGACUCGGGGAGGGUGUCCUAUUUCGUCAACCGUCGUACCUGGCUGCGUGUCACCGAUCUGGUGAUGGGUAUGCUCAGAGUUUCGGAUCCUAGAAUAGCCACUCUGUUGCAAGGGAGGAUAGUCCAAGGUCGCGGGGUAGGUAGGACGGAAGUGCAAGUGUUGUCGCCGAUUACUGGCAGGGUGAUCGGUGCCAAGGAGGUACGGGUUGGGAACGAUCGGGUGGCGGUCACCAGGCUCUCCGUCAGGGUCGUGUCUGGAUUGCAGCUCACCAUCAGUCCCGAUACAGCUAUAGAGAACGGAUACGUCGCGGAAACGUCGGUUACGAGAAGACUGACUGCUAAGUAUCAGGAAGGUCUUCUAGACAUAGACGUCGAAUUCUCGGAUGGAACGAGAACACCGCUGAGGGAGAUCGCUGUUACCGAUUACCACUUGCUUGUCGAGAGCUUGGACCCGGAGGUGGUGGCUUUUGCUCCGAUGGUCGCUUCCCAUCAUCCCCGAGUGAUCGCUGUUGGCGAAGGCCGUGGCGAUUUGUUGAAAGUCAAUCUUCAGCUGGCCGACGCCUGUCGUCUAGGCGCCAGGAGGUCCGGUAAAGGUUCUCAAAGGGCGACUGCAUCUGCCCUGGCCAGCGCCUCGGCCAACGUCGAAGUGGACUUUGCCUCCAGCGAGCUACCAAAUCGUCCUGAGUUCGUUCAGAACGACGGAGGCGGUACCGUCGGGUCGCAUCAUCACAGGGAAAGGAAAACCAGCAGGGGCGAAACGGCAAACGACAUGCGCGACAUUCUCAACGGACUACCGCUGAAAGACGAGAACGGGCACGAGCCUUUGGUGCAGGCACGGCAUCACCGCACGGCUAUAGCUAAUGGCAUGUCUUCAGGAGGAAUGGGCGGCGUCGGGAUACGGCAUCACGGUGGAGCGAACAUGAGUCCACUCGAGAUCGGGAUAUACGUCCUUCUGGCGGCCUUCUGUUUCGCCAUCGUCGUCUUUGUCGUCUCCUGCGUGGUCUAUACCAACAAGUUCAAACCCCAGCCAUCGGACUCGCCGAUGACGGGAGCUGCGCUACCGGUUCUCUCCGGAGCAGCGAGGGCCAGAGCGGCGGCCAACCAGCUGGCGUCGGGAAGGCGACCACCCAGAGAGUCUACAACGAACGCUCACGAUUGGGUCUGGCUCGGACGAGCUACCCUCGAGAGAGCCGCUUGCGGACCUCAACAGGUACGAGUCACCAGUAACCCUCUUGCCAACGAAACAGAGGGAGACUCGAGCGAUUUGGCGACUUGCUUCGACAAUCCGAACCACAUCGAGCUCCCAUCUGCGGGACAACGGAACAACAGUUCAGGGCCCAUCGACACAACGACUUAUUGCAAGAGGGACAAGCUUCCAAGAAACAGUUUCGCUACUAAAACCGGCGCGAAACCCUCGGCCGCGGUGACGGCGACCACAGUGACCACCCCAGCGUCUAUGGCAACAUCGAGCGUGACUACUACACGAAACGACAACGACGACAUUCCGCCGCCCCUACCACCGCACGGGGUGCCCGUCGCGAACAUCGCGAUCGCGUCGAUGACGACAGCCGCCCCGUGCGGCGCGACCGGCAACAACAACGGCAACGAAGACUACAAGCCACCGGUACCGCCGCACAGGAACACUGGGGUGAUCGUACGGGUGCCGGACACCCCGAGGAAGCACCACCGGCACAGGGCGUCGAGCGGCAGCGCAGGCGGCAGCCACCACGGGAACAACCAGCGGCACAGCAAGCAGAUCCACCAUAUCAAGCCAUCGCACGGUAAAGCUAGAGUAGGUAGUCCGAAAGAGAACGCCGCGGAGGAGGAGGAGUUCGUGGAGCUAGUGACUCACGAUGACAACAGGCACUCGAAGGAUGCGAGAGCCAGAGAGGUGAAGAGGGCGACGAUCGUCGGUAAUCCGAUGUUCUCGUCGUUUUCGACCGCAGCAGUCGCCUCAUCGAUGAACGUGUCCAGCCCGACCGUGGCCUCAUCGUCCUCGUCGCCGCCUAACUCGUCGCCGUCCUCAUCCUCUGCCUCCUCUUCGUCCUCUUCCUCGUCCUCGUCAUCCUCCUCGUCGGCGUCCUCGUCCCAAGAGCAGGAAGAAUCCGUGGCGUUGGACGAUUUGAAUCUAGGCAUGGACUACAACCAGAUCAUGCAGUACUUCGACAACUUGAAGGAGUCGAACGCCUAGGUGAAGGCGUUCGGUCUUCGAGAAGGCCGAGAGUAGUCAACGCCGAUACGAAACACCGGAGUCCUCGUCUCGACCGACGAAGGAACGGAACCCUGGGCCUCGUUCUCCGCUUCCUCUCUAAUCGCCAUAUUAGCAUGUUCGCAUCGAGAACACACGGGGGCCCGGGCUCGCCGGUUCGAACGACGCUCCGGACGUUUCGUAUUCUAGGUUAUAAUCUAGUCAGCUUCCUAGCAGCACAUCAAGAGUAUCGCGCAAACGCAUCGACACACACACACGCAUACACGGACGCGUAACCGAGAAUCACGCACGCGUUCUCAUAUACAGGUAUAGUGGGUGGAAGAGACACACGGUGGACUCGCGAAAGCAACGAGGCGGGUAGUAUAUACUCGAGUGCGAGGAUGUUGGAAGGCCAGGGUCGGAUUCGGUAUGCGUUUGUACGCUAGUUCUUCGAGGGGGUGAAUGAAUGUAAAGUAAGGAGCGAGGCUUUUGCUCUUAAGCAAAGGGAAAGAGCUCUCUCUACCUUCAAAGUUAAGCCUUUCCCUUGUCUUUUUUCCACGAUCUGUAGUUUACAACGAUUCACUCGCGACAUUAAUAUUUCCUACGCUUUUAAGUAAUUUAUUUCAAGUGGUUUUUAGUGAAGGUAAUAUUGACAUUGUGUAUUAUAAUUAAUACAUCGAUAUCUGUAUACGAAUGCAGUUUGUUUUAUUGCGUCGACAAGGGAAAGGAAUGAUUAUUAUACGGACAUGGACGUUUACCAACAUUAACCGGUUAAUGGACGCCAUAGGCAUUCGAAAGAACGAGUUGCCUAUGACUGUUUUCGGAGGAUGCUGACCUUAUAGAGCUAUUGUAAUAUCGAAACAAUGAUAUACAAUUUUAUUCGAAACAAAUUCCAAAACCUUCUAUAAGAAUGUCAUGCGUAACUGGGUUAAGGGAACAUUGUUUUGAUUCUUCGAUAAUAUGAACACAUAUCGCCCUACGUGUAUGGUAUCAUCGCGGACCAUCGAAUGAUCCUCCUUUCAAGUAUCAAGAUCCUCCUUUCAAGUGAAGAAAAUGUAGAAACGAAGAGGACAAUCGAACAAACAAGUGUACCUUUUGUUUAUUUAUUUGCGUUAACCAGUACCGGUUAGUAUGUUCGAUAGCCAAGAUAAGAAUUUCGAACCCUAUGAUACCGCGUCUCGUGGAGUUCACCGUAUCGCUUCCACCAACUAUUUCAAAUCGUAUACACACACGUACAUACUCGCAGAGGCUUUAAAGAUGUGAUCGUCGGUAGCCGGUGGAGUUAGGUAGAUCGCGCGUUCGAUUCGACCAACUUUCUCCUCUUUUCUCCGACGAUCGAUCGACCGCCGAUCCUCGCUUCCGCCUCCGUGCACUAUCGAUCUCUCGCUCAAGCCCUCGUCGCGCGGCGAUCGAUCGAGCCUCUCAUUCCCGCGCCUCGCGACAGGGCAUUCACCAAAAAGUGGCCGAACGAAACCGACCCUCUUGUCUUGAAAUCGAUCUCAACUUCUUCGACAGCCAACUCGAAACGUUGGUUACCUCUUUUUCUUUUUCCUUUUCCAACUUUAGUCACCUGUCAUCGGAUAUGGGCAAAAUAUUAUCCGAAAAAUAUACAACUACGAUCAACGUGUAACAUUUUCUUUGUAACUUUCGUACCCGGAAUUCUUACACUUUCUUCGGUUACGACCCUUUUUCAUAAGACAAAUAUAUCAACGAUCCCUUUUAUUCGUAACUUGACAUUUUUAUCUAGAUAAGAAUUUUGCCCAAUCUCUGCCUCUCGAAGCUUUCAGGGUCUAUCCAUUAUCGUCGUCGUGCCCGAAACGUGAAGAUAUAUCUUCAUUUUUGCACUAUAGCUGCUGUCUUCCUAGCGUAACUAACUGACACGAUUGAGAUCGAUAUCGCGACGAAGGGAAAAAUUGGUCGGCUGGCCAUUUUCUUUCCGAUCUGCGCCGGAGAAAACAUAUAAUAAUAUUUAUUCGAUCGACCGUACGUCGUAAUGUUUGUAAAUUUUGCUUUGUAAGACUGUGUACAUAUAUAUAUUAUAUAUAUAUAUAUACGCGACCUAGCGCAUGUUAAUUAUGGACUCGAGCGGAUUUAACGGUUAACAAAUUCGUACGGCAAGCCGUAGAGCACAAUCCAAACGCAUCAGUCGCUCGACGGAGCCAGAACGGAAUGGCGGACGUGGGCCACUAGCUCGUUUUCCCUGGAGUUCUCGGUUCGAUCGGUUUCAUCGAGUACGAAAAUAUCUGAUCAACAUAUCAGCAGUAAAUUGCUCGCGACGAAUAUAAUUGUACAUGUUUUACGUACAAUACUUUCCCAAACUGUCCAAGUAUUUUUCUUUCGUACUUAUAAACUUUACUCGCAAUAUAAUGAAGCAAAAGAAGAAUGCAAGCAGAAGAGUAUUAUACUUUUUGAUGCAAGAUGAAAGGACGAUGUUCAGCAAACGACUCUGUUCCGCAUUAUUUUUAAGAGACAGAAAAUACGGAAUUUGCAAGAGAAGUGGAAAGGUGACAUAGAGCGAUAAAUUAAUGUCUGCCAAAGCUAUAGUCAAUAGUUGUUUACCUGAUCAUUCGAUUGCCGAGAACUCCAGCUUCCAACCUUAGCGUUUCCCAACAUUUUGAUCUUCAUCGAACACGACAAACUGAAUCCUCGUUUUAUACGAUUUUUCCCGAACCGAUCCAAUUAAAUUGUUCGCCUGCUGACGAUCAAACGCGCCAUUUCUGCAGUGUCGCCGAUUGUAAGACGAAACACAAGAUGAAGUGCCGUCAAAUGGGGUUACUCGCAACGUUUCUCACCUUGAAAGCUGGCUAUUCAAAAUUUAUCAUACAUACAUCGACAAAUUAUAUAAGAAAGAAAAACUUGUACUUCACCGUUUUCGGCUAUUGAAUUUAGAGCUUUAACGAUACAACUUACUCGGGAUAGCAACUUUGCGACGCAAUAAUUUUUAAUUCUGUCAUUUCAUUUGCAACAACCUAACUUACGCUUCCCUAACUUCCUAACAAAAUUAUUUAAAUAUAUAAUUCUAUUCUGUUUAUUAUUAAUACGGAAAUAUCCAGAUCGUAAUUUCAUUGAUACUAUCUUCCGUCUCACAAAGGUAAAAACUGUUGUUACUCGGAUCUCAUUGAAAAACGUUUGCCAAUUCUUGGUCCAAAGAACAAAACGACCACCGUUACUGUUUCCUGAAAGCAAUCCACAUAUCAACCUACCUGAAAAAAAAACGAAUAAGUAUAUUAUUUUGUCCAACUUUACUAUAUCUUUCAUUGAAAAACAUUUUGUUAAAAUUUUGCCAUUUGAUCUUCCGCCACGCUUUUAAGUAUGCCUUAUGGCACCGUACCCGAAUGAGUAAAAAAUUAUAGAGAGCAUCUGUUGCGAGUUACUGUAUUUUACGGUGUAUAAUUAACGGUGAGAAGGAAGGGAGUCACGUACUCGCAGAGAAUUGAACGAUUCGCUAACGGCGAAUCCGGAAACGCCUGAUCAUCGACGAGCUAGCCGCGGCGCGUGACGCUGCUCCGUGCAUCGCUUUUAAUUAGGAUUCAUCCCCCGUCGAUUGGAUUCCGCAAUUGUCCGCGGACGUGCCGCCCGUGGAGACGCGGCGCGUGCUUCUUUCGCGCGAACGCACCGUGCCGUCGUUAAUUCCAUCACGAAGCGCGUUUACGUUCGCGUACACCUGUAGACGCACCGAAAGAGACACGGAGAGAAUGUGUGUGCAUAUGUGUGAAUGAAUGAUUGAUAAUAAUUUGCAAAAUACACGCACACCACCUGGUAGCGUCCGUUCUUCCGCACCAGUUUCCUGUUGCGAAUCCAAUCGCGCGCCUCGCCGUUACGGUGCGCGUUUCACGUGACAACAACGCGCGUAGGUGGCAUUUUAUUGGCGUUACAGUUUUCGCUGUUGUCGCUCACUUUUGUGCCAUAGCAUUCGUCAUUGUAAACAUGAAGUGUAUUAUAAACUCGUGUGUGUAAUUAUGGUUUGCGUUCUAGUGAAAAUUAGUUGCGUCAGAAUGGAAGGAUUAACGGAAACCGAAGAAAAAACUAAAUUUAUAUAAAACAGAUUCAAUGCAGAGAUGAUCCAAGAGCGUCUGAUAAGACGUUGAUAAGAGUGUUAGUUUCGGAAGGAUUCAAAAAGUUAUUUUAAAUAAUUAUCCUUCCAGAUUCUGAUUUUUUUAGAAAGCUUCAACGUAUUCAUUUUUGUUGCAAACUUAUAGUCGCCGCUGUCGAUCCUAAAUAUAGAUGGAACGGAUCGCGGUAACAAAUGUCAUAAUACUCAUUGUCAUGGCGACAAAAGUCGCGGUUCAACGUCACGUGAACGCCGCAGCUUAACGAGCGAUAAGCCAGCAGGAGCGCAGGGGAUCCAUAGAUUCGCGGAUCCACCCUGUCUUACAUAGGCAUCUAAGAGCUACGUGUCUAAGUAUGUAUGUAUCUGUAAGUUGUGUGUUAGCACGUUAAGCGUGGGAUAUAGUGAUAUGUAAUGUCGACGAGCGCCGAGAACAAGGGAGUCCAGAGCGUCGGGGCGCGUCCUAACGGGCCACGCACGUUAACCCUUUGCGGUCUCAUCGUCGAGUCUUUCCUAUUUAUUCGAAUCCGUACACAAAUGUUUCCCGACUCGACGCUCUGCGUUUAUUUAAAUCGUCGUUAAACCUCUAUUGCACGGAUUUUAUUUCGCCCUUCUUGGCCAUUCAUGUAUGCGUGAAUCGAUUAUUAUCCAAGUUAAACGAUAAAUAGCUGAAUUUUUAGGGAUAUUAAAUGUUCUCAUAAGAAAAUAUCACGUGCGAAUCCUGUAAAAUUUCCUCGGUGAGCUUUACGCGGAUUAUUUUUCCCGAGGUCCCGAUAGGAUACAUUAUGCAAUAGAGGGUCAAGAAGAAUCGAUCGACCCGGGUAAAUGUAUUUUCGUUUUCCAAUCGAUCGAAAAGCCGGGUUCCCCUUUCUUACGCGGGUAUGCUCGAGGCUUCGACUAUCGAAUAUGUACAGGGUAUUCCAAGAUACGCGUAUACUCGUUUAAAAAAAAAUGAUUCCUCUCGAAAGAAGAUCGCAAACUCUCGCGUAGAGCAGCGUCGCAUAUUUUUGAACACCCUGUGUCUGUACUUUUGUAAAUAUCGUCUACACGGAGGGAUCUCCAGUAAGUGAAGCUCGGUUCCGUUUUGUACAUUCGUUAGGUUUAUCGUCGGCCGCGCGCCGAGGCAACUGCAAAGGGUUAAAGGGUGCCGGAGACGGCGCAAGAUACCCCGCCCGUGAAUCUAGUCUUAUAGCGUAAACUAAUGGAUUAUUAUUAAAUACUAAACGAACACGAUCCCACGGUCACCUCCUUAGGCCGAUCACGUAUCCUUGAAAUCAUCCAGGCGGGGCCCCAGCGUAUCGACGUUGUUCAUCUGCCCCGUGGCCAUCCCUUUCCUCUUCUUCGGGGAGCACCGAGAGAGACUCCUCGUCAGAGAGAUGGUGGAACGUCAGACGAAUCAAUCAUAUCGAGCACGCGGGUGGAGACACGCGGUAAUUUAAUCGUAAUCGAUCCCAUGCAGGGCCGUGCCUAGGUACUUUUUUCGUUCGAAGCAACGAUGAAAUGCGAGCUCCCUUCGACCAUUCUCUUUACGGUAUUUAUCGUAUAUCUGUAUCUGGCAGACAUGUAAUUCUAUAUCUAUGAAAUUUGUGAUUAUAACUAAUCGAAGAUUAUAGUUUCAUAUGGUUCACCAAUUGUACUCGGAAUUAGUCCAAUAAUUUUCUUGGCGAUAUCGUUGCUAGAUUGUUAAGGUUACAUGCAAUUUAUUCGUUGUGAUCAAAUCAUAUUCUUCCGCGAAUGCGAAGAAUUGUAACACACACCUUAAUCUAAUCUGGCGGUAAAUAGGGUGAAAGUGUAUUAUUCUGUUCCAGAGUGGAGCCCGGUGCUAACGAUUUGGUGACUUCUUGCAAAAUUGAUGGAAACUUAAUUACUUUUAUUUGUUCUACCUUCGCGAUUCGUUUAUCUGAACCGGUAAUUUUCAUCAAAAGAUAUUUUAAGAAGUGAAAACACUUCGGAAGUACCGGUAGCGGCGGACAAACGAGGUUCCUAAAUGUGAUAUAUGCUCGAAAUAAAUGCGUACAGCUCCUGCGCGUCUACCUUGCACACACGCGUCGUUUGAACAGCUCGUUUCUUCGCUGAACAGUACUUUCGAAAAGUUUACGUAAACCCGAGUGCGCAACAAACCAAUAUCUUUCUGUCAGUUUUGCAAAUUGACGCUCCUCGAUAGCAACGCUUAUCGUUUAUUUACAACCAAUACCUCUAAAGAAAAUCAGAUACGGUGUUGCUGUAAACAUACUCAUCUCCAUUAUUAUUUUUGCUAGGACAUAGUGUCUUAUAUCAUUGGAAGAUCAGAAAAAAGAAUAUUAAGAAACUGUAGAAAGUCAAUUUUCGUACAUAUUGGGCAUGGUGUCCUCUAUUAAACUGUCAAAAUACUUCAUUUAUUUUUUGUUACUCUCAAAAGAUGAGUCUAAGCCCUCGUUAAGAUAGCUUUAAAUACACGUGUCCCUUCUACUCCAGCCUUGUCACGGCCCUGAUCGCGCGUGCGGGUACCACGUCGCCUGGCAGUAGCCAGGACAAGUGUAUCGGCUUCGUUUCUUUUACGAAACGAAUCCAGCUAUUUGCGAUACUCGAUACACCUGGAAGAUGCGAUAUCCCGUGCAGAGCCGGUCAAAAAUAGUAUUUGCGAUAGAAAAUAGUGGAGAGCUUGCGUAGCCGUUUCGCGCAGAAACAAAUUGCGCGCACUAUACUCUAUGCACGUGAAAUAUGACAUCCUGAAUUAUUCGCGCUAAAUGGUAGAUAACGAAUAAAACCACCAUACACCGUUCGUAUUCGCAACACGCAUACCAUUGAACGACGAUUUAUUGUUUUAAUAGGAGAUAUAAUUUAAUUUUAUAAUUCUGAUCGUAACUUCUGUCGAACGAAUAAUAGAUUAGACAGAUCUAAAUUUUAGAUCAAACGUGUUUCAAAACGUGUCCGACUCUCGAUGAAAGAUCGUGCUCUGUAUUUCUAACCAGAGUUGAACAGUGAUCACUUUUGUAACAAUCACCGACGACUGUUAGGUUAAUCGGUAAUCGGUAAAAACUACAUUUGUAAUCCGCAAUUGUGAAUCAGGAAUUUCUAAUCUUUCUAAGCAAAUUGUAUCUGAUUAUUGAUUAAUCAAUAAUUAUGUGAACUACCUAACAUUACAUAUAUAUAUAUAGUAUACUACUUACACUAUAAACGAACUGUUCGAUGGAUAGAUGAAAUGUAUUUUUGGUUUUAUUCUGAUUGUUGCGAAAUUUGACGAGACUAAAAUUAUCCAGAGGAAUUAUGGAGAACGGGGAUCCUAUCGCACAAGAUCAAAAGGCAACGUUCAAAGAGUAUGAUGCGCACAAUUCUCGCCGUUUUAAUGUUCGCUUGCUGCGAUGUCAAGGAUAAAAAAGCGAAACCGCCUCGAUAUCGCCGUCAUACUAUCGACGUACAAAACGAUCCUUACAUUUACUAUUUUUUACUUAGAAUACUAUUUCCUCCAGCUCUGGCUGCGGCCAACUGUGUAUAUAUACAUGUACGCGAAUUUUCCUUCGUUUCGUCAUUCAAAUAACGCGCAAUCGGCUAAGAGUGUUGAACAUCAUACAGUAAAACGCUUCGUGCAAACGUUUCUCGGCUCGCUUGUACGUAGUUUGGCUGUUCGCUGGAUCAUUUUUCGCCGAUGGUUUCGCUGUGGACGUUUGCGUAAUCGUUUCUCUACUCGGUAUCCGAAACAGGGACGAGUGAAUAUUUUAUUCGUGUAACAGGUAAUAAAUAAAAACAUCGUGCAGCGAUUUAUUCGUCAUGUUUAGUCUAUUGAACUUUUGAACAAGCCUUCGUUUUUUUAACCUAACGUGUAACUUAACUUUUAUUUAUUUUUCUAUUUUAUUUAACGACAUUGACGAAUAUAUUACAAACGAGAACGAAAGAACAUCGCACUGCAUCAAAGCAGAGUUAAAGGCCGAGAUUUAACGAAUGGACGAGUAACAUAUCUAACAUCUUUUAUUUAUUAUUUGUAAUUAUCAUGCGGAUAAGAAUUUUACUCAUCUCUGUCCGAGAAAAACGACGCAAACACACGGCGCCGAAUUUUCUACGCGACACACAACAUUCGAGGAGUUUAGUUCAUCGCUCGUCCUCGAGCCGCGAAGGGCGACGCCCUUAAAAGUCGAAACUACUGCCAGUCUCUCUUUUCCCCAUUUUUUAUUUUUGAUAAGUUCCCACCGAUCAGGGAGGAUGAUUAAUAUUAUAUAUAUAAAUAUAUACAUAUACGUAUAUUGUAAUAGACUAUAAUCGCGUCGCAAUGCUAACUCUGCAUUCACACACAUUCCUCAAGGACACGCGAUGUCGUCGCUGUAUAUCUACGUUUAAGUGUGAUAAAUGCGGAAUUAUAAUAGAUAAACGAUUGACGAGGCGACGGCGACAAGGAAAGAAAAAAAAAAGAAAUACGACGAGGACGGUAAUGGCGACGACGUCCACGACCACGAUAGCAACGAUCGACGAUCCUCUCGCGAACCGCCUAUGUAUGUAUAUCUGUCACUGACACGCAGGAUGGUCCGUCGUGAAGUGGUACGAACUGUUAACGCCCUUACAUUCCACUAAGUUAAUUAAAACAGUUAAUGUCUUAAAUAUACGCCAUUUUCUUUCAUUUCAAAUUAACUAUCGACGAAUGCAAAGCCUUGCGCGAGCGUUUCAUGUAAUAAAAUUGAAAGGACACUCCUAUGGACCUUUAACGAACCCGACGAUAGUAUCCUUAUGUCGCUUAACACAACAAACGCCACGCCGCAUAGCCGUUAAACGCCUCAAAAAGCUGGACAAAAGUCAAAAGAAUUUUCGGAUCUAUAUAAAACUUGGUAUCUAUGAGUUGUUUGGGUCGCAAAUUACGAAUCCGAUAUCAGAAUUGCAAAAUUAAAAAUGGCGGAUCCAAUAUGGUCUACUUAUUUUCCAAUGGAUGGUUGUAUUUAAAUAUAGAUCGGUAUUAAAAAAGUUUUCGAUGUCGCUGGUUGGAAUUUGACGUCAAGAAUAAAAAAUUCUAAAUGGCAGGUGUAUGCAAUGUGCAAACUUCUUGUAAUCUCCAGCGAUCACAACUUUCUUUUAUGAUUUACGAAAGCAAUAAUUUCAAAAUAAACGAUUCUAUCGGUCCGUCUACAUUCCUAUUUUGAAUUCGCAUUGGUUGAAAAUUAAUGAAAACUCCUACAUACUCAUAUUCUACUAACUUCCAGAAAUACUCUGCGUAAAAAAAAUAUUCGAAAUCACCGUUGAGUAAAAAAUUACUAGAAACAAUUACCAUUCAAUAGAGCAGUACUUUCUGUACAAGAUUGCAAUGUAAACAAUUCUAAAUUACAAUUUGCAUUGACUUUUGGCCGACUUUUUGAAGUUUCGAAUCACUGUGCGUCGAUCCGUAAGACUUUCCGUUUAUGCUAGUUGACUUUACGUUUACGUUAUACCGUCGCGCCAGUUCUUGCAAUAAGUUAUAAUUUUUUGUUACUUUUGCACCAAAAGAUUAUAAAGUACUAUUACAACAUUUUUGGCACAAUAUUUCCCUAUUGCAUGCGCAUUAUCUGCCUUUGUUUCUAAUUUAUGUCGAGGUCUUGUAAACCGUGACGAUGUCUUCUUUCUUGAAUUCCAUGAGGGUUUUAAUCAACUCUCUAUUAUCUCUUGAUACAGAAAGAAAAGAUUCGCAACGGAAGUGUUCAGUAAAAGUAAAGAUGUAACUUUUUGCAGGCAUUAUUCGGUCUCGCUUCUCGUUUUCUUAUGCUUUGUUUAUAGUUUGCAAAUUGCGCGCGACUCUCUUCACUUGACAGCAGAGCGCAGCGUAAAUGGAACGUCAAACAAAAUAGGCGCCUAACGUGUUAAUCCUCUAUUACAUGAAUUUUAUUUUAUUCAUAGGAAGAAAAUUAGUUUUUGGUUAUUUAUAUAUAUUCGUGAGUUGAUUAAUGUAUUGUCCCCAUAUGAAAGUAGCAUGUGCAAAUUCUGUAAUAUUUCCUCGAUGAAUGUUGCAGAGAGUGUCCUUAUAAACGAUAAUGAGCUGAAAGGCCCGAAGGAACUAAACAUGAUAUUGUUUCUGUGCGUAAUAGUUCCUGUAAAAAAAAACAGCAUGUAGCACUUUUCGUGGAUCGCUCUGUACAUUAUCAUUACCAGAGCAGGCACAAAUUAACGAUAAACGAUGAUAUGUGACAAUCAUUCGUUGUACUUAUUCAUACUGUAUUAUUGUAUUGCGAUGAUUAUAUUGUCCCUUAUAUUCUAUUUAUCAUGAUCUCAUACGUCAUCGUUGCUGUUACUGUUAUAUUGUUAUUGAGAUUGUUGUUGUUGCUGUUGCUGUUACCGCUGUUUUCAUCGCCCUUGCCCCGUCGUUGGUAUUGCCUGUCGUCGUCGUGGAAGUCGCCAUCGGCAUCGGCGUAACCGAUACCCUAAUUAAACACAAUAAGGUAUGACUAUCGCCUACUCAAUGUACAAUAUGUAGUAUUUACCUGUUGUUACCACCAAACCGUCAUCAAAGAUAUAUAAAAUAUUGUAAUUGUAA